GAACCUCUGGUCUGGAGUGAAAGCAGUGGAGCUAACGUGGCAGUGGCAAUAAGCGGCAAGCGGCCAGCGAGCGACAGCAACAACUGACGCGGAUCGUUGUCCAAUUGGUGCAACAGAACGGAGCAGUGCAAAACAAAACAGCGCAGCGCAGGGUUUGACAAAGUCUGGAGGAGAUUUAGAAUGACAGUUCACCCAUUUCUCCUGUUGAUCGUCAGCGCAUUGUCGGUGCUGGACGAGGUGCAUGGGGAGCGGAGAAACGCCGUAUUGAUCUUGGCUGACGAUGGAGGGUUUGAGAUGGGGUCUUACAGGAACAAAAUAUCUCAAACACCGAAUUUGGAUGCUCUGGCGAGAGACAGUUUGAUUUUUAAUAAUGCGUACACUUCUGUGAGCAGCUGCUCUCCAAGUCGUUCUACUAUUCUAACCGGCCUUCCGAGUCAUCAGAAUGGGAUGUACGGACUUCAUCAGGGGGUUCAUCAUUUCCAGUCCUUCGAUGAUGUUCAGAGUCUUCCGAAAAUAUUGAAAAACAAUAAUAUUCGAACAGGAAUUAUCGGUAAAAAGCACGUGGGGCCCAGCGAGGUCUACCCCUUCGACUUCGCCUACACCGAAGAGGACCACUCAAUCCUGCAAGUGGGUCGCAACAUCACCCACAUUAAGCUCCUCACCCGUAAAUUCCUCUCAGAAUCGAAGGACCAGCCCUUCUUCCUCUACAUAGCCUUCCACGACCCCCACAGAUGUGGCCACACAAACCCAGAGUACGGGAACUUCUGUGAGAAAUUCGGGAACGGAGGCACUGGGAUGGGCACGAUCCCUGAUUGGACCCCCAUAUACUACCAGUGGGACGAGGUCCCAGUGCCCUACUUCAUCCAGGACACGGAGCCAGCUCGAAAGGACAUCUCUGCCCAGUACACCACGAUGUCUCGUCUCGACCAAGGGGUUGGACUGAUCCUCAAGGAACUGAACGACGCAGGAUUAAAGAAUAGCACUCUAGUCAUGUACACAUCAGACAAUGGGAUACCCUUCCCCAGUGGCAGAACGAACCUCUACGACCCUGGGAUGGCAGAGCCCCUGAUGAUCUCCUCUCCCCUCCACCCAAAACGAAACAACCAGGUGACUUACAGCAUGACUUCCCUCCUGGACAUUGUCCCAACACUUCUAGACUGGUUCGACAUUGAAGAAUUCCCAGAGUCCAACGAAAUCCCUCCACUACGUCAAACAAAACUAACGGGAAACUCUCUGCUGCCUCUUCUGGAUGACAAGCCCAUCAACAACGACCAAAUCGUCUUCGCGAGUCAGACCCACCACGAGGUGACGAUGUACUACCCGAUGAGAGUAGCUCGAUCAAAAAGAUACAAGUUGAUUCACAAUUUGAAUUAUGGCAUGCCCUUCCCCAUCGACCAGGACUUCUACCUCUCGCCGACCUUUCAAGAUCUCCUCAACAGGAGUCGUUCGAACAUGCCCCUGGAGUGGUACAAAGACCUCAAGAGUUAUUACCACAGGCCAGAGUGGGAACUUUUUGAUCUCAAGAUGGAUCCUGAGGAGCUAAAAAAUAUCGCGUUUGAACCCUCUGCCAAAGGGGUGUUCAAGGAGCUGAGGGAGAAGCUUCUGCAGUGGCAGAAAGACACUCAAGAUCCUUGGAUCUGCGCUCCACAUGGAGUUCUUGAACCUUUCGAGGGGGAUAAACAUGAUUUGAGGUGUAUGUCUACGGAGUUUUGAGGUGGUGAUUGGUAGAUAUAAAAUUAUAUAUUUUUUAUACAAAAUGUUAGUAGUACAAUAGCAUCAGUUGGUGACUAGACUAAGUUUAUUUUUUUUGCUGAGAUUAUUGAGUGAGAAUGUCGAAACAUUACGUGCGCGAUAAUUGGUGUAUUAUUUAAAGUAGGAAUUCUCAAGUUCCCAAAUCAAAAUUUUUUCCUUCUAAUCAAGAAUGAAUAAAUAAUUAUUUUUGGUUUGAGAAUAAAACACAGUUGAUUGAAUAACUUCAAGCAGAUAUUCUUGAAUUCAAAGAAUUUUGUCGUUAAGUUAAUACAAUAUUCAUCCUUAAGUGGAAUGAGGUAGCCAACAUUCGUUCUUAACUUAUAAAUUUGUGUUUUAUAUUUUUUUAUUGUGUGUUUUUGAUUAAAAUAUAUUCAACAAUGUCCUAUACUUUAAUUAUUAGAAAAUGACAUUGUCGUUACUCAAGAAUUUUUGUUUUUUUGUAUUGUCAAAAAUAUUCUUGACUCGAAAGUAAAGUACAGUUUAUUCAAGAAUCUCAGGCAGGCCCUUUUGGACAUUAGAAAAAUUUGCUUUUAAAUUACAAAGAUUUUAAAUUAUAAAACAUUCACCUCUAACUCAACAAUUCACGCGUUGUCAAUUCAGUAAAAUCGAAUAUACUUAAUUAAAGCGCAUUCAAUAACAUCUUUCCACCUAUGCCUUAACUUCAUUCGAGAAUGAAGUUGUAAUUUGUCCGAGAAUUUUUUAUAGUUGGAUCGAAAAUGUUGUUCUCUACUCGUGAAGAACAAGCUAAUUAGUCUUCAUUGAAGCAUGAAAUACAUUUAAUUUAAGAAUUUCAGAUAAAUAUUUUGGAUUUCAGACAAUUUUGUUUUAAAAUUAGAGAACACUCAUCCUCAAAUUGAGAAUUUGUUCAUUUUCCAUCCAAGAAUACCGUAUAUUCUUAAUUCAAGAAUAUUCAAUAAUAUUCUUAGAAAAUCACAUUGUAGUUUGUUCAAGAAUUUUCAACUUAUUGACCUAAAGGGCGGAAGUUAUUGUCAUAUUUUUGUGUUAUCAACUCAAGAUUUGUUUCCUCAAUUGAAGAAUAAAUAACUAAAUAUUCCUGAUUCAAGAAUAAAAUACAAUCAAUUCAAGAAUUGAGAAUACUCAUCCUUAACUGAAGAAUUUCUUGAUUCAAGAAUUCCCAACAAUCUCCUCUCACUUUCAAUAUCAAUCACAUAUUGUUAAUUCAAUAAUAUUCUUCCAUCUAUACUUCGACUUGAUUUGAGAAUUUUUGUAUUGUUGGAUCUCGAAUUUUUUAAUUAACCCCCAAGAUUUCUUUCCUCAAUUCCUAAACACAACAAAAUAUUCCUGAUUCAA